GGGAGGUUGGUGGGGAGCACCUCUUCCGCUCACAAGGCCCGUUUCUUCGAUUACAUGACGCAGUAUGACAAGCACUGCAAACAAGUGCUGACUGUACCGGAAUUUUCCGCCUGCGUAGGCUGCACAAUCCUAAGGCAUGGGUUUAAAGUUCUGAUGGCUCCUCAGUCUUGCGUACACCCUAGCAGCUAG